AUGGCGGAUUCUAACAAAAAUCGCAAAAUCCUGUUCGUUUGCCUCGGGAAUAUUUGUCGUUCUCCAUCCGCUGAAGCAAUCUUUAGACACCUUGUACAGGAACGCGACGAUAGAAAUGAAUGGGAGAUCGACAGCGCUGGAAUUCUUGAUCUCCACGAAGGACUUCGCUCAGACAAGCGAGGGUUGCAAGUAUUGAAGAAACAUGGAAUUGUGAAUAAUCACCGAGCAAGGCAAGUUCACGAGGAUGAUUUUCGUCGUUUCGAUGUAAUACUGGCCUUUGAUGAUAGCAAUGUACGUGAUCUGAAUGAAACUUUUAAGCCAACUGAUGGAACUGCGCGAGCGGAGGUAAAACUGUUUGGAACAUAUGAUCCCAAAGGAGAGCUGAUAAUUCACGAUCCUUACUAUGGAGACAUUUCAGAUUUUGAAGUCAUGUUUGAUCAUAUUUAUAGAUGCUGUGUAGAAUUUCUGAGACAAUGUUAA